AUGGCGCAGGCUCUGACGGCCCGAUGCCAACACAGCAUCUGGCGACGAUGCACCAACACACGGCUUGCCCCUCAAUCAUUACCGACAUCGAGACACAUUCACCUCAAGACGCUACAAAAGCGGGAGGAUGCAGCGCAAGAGUGGGCAAAGAAGGCAGAGGCGAUCAAGAACGGCGAGGCGCGGAACCUCUGGGAAAUAUUUGAGGAGCGAGGCUUCAUCAAGGAUGUCGCAGGCCGGCCCGAGCUGAUCAAAGAGCUGAUGCGCACCAAGCGCAUCGGCGCAUACGUCGGCGUCGAUCCCACGGCGCCAUCCCUCCACCUCGGCCAUCUGCUGCCCAUGAUGCCUGUCUUCUGGAUGUAUCUCCACGGCUUCCGCGCCGUCACACUGGUGGGCGGCGCGACAGCGAGGAUAGGAGACCCGACAGGCCGAACCACGUCCCGCGCCAUCAUGUCCAACAGCGAAAUCUCCACCAACAUUACGAGGAUACACUACCAGAUGAAGAAGCUCUGGGACAACAUUGAGCUGGAGAAGCACAAGUAUGGCUACAAGAAGACCUGGUCCAUGUCACGGCAUCUCGUCAACAACAACACGUGGUGGCAGAGCCUGUCCAUGUACGACGUGAUGAAGAGGCUCGGCCGAUAUCUGAGGAUGGGGCCGAUGCUGUCUCGCGACACCGUCAAGACGAAGAUGGAAAGCGGCGACGGCAUGUCGGUCGCCGAGUUUAUGUACCCCCUGAUGCAAGGCUGGGACUUUUGGCACCUCUACGACAAGCUCGGCGUGCAGAUGCAGAUCGGCGGAUCCGACCAGUUCGGCAACAUCGUCACCGGCAUCGAGGCCGUCAAGACGAUCCGCGCCUCGGAGCCCAACCCCAACCUCAAGCAGCCCGAGACGUGGAGGGAGGACCCCAUCGGCUUCACCGUGCCCCUGCUGACCGACGGCGCCGGCAACAAGUUCGGCAAGAGCGCCGGCAACGCCGUCUGGCUCGAGACGACCAUGACGAGCGCCUUCAGCCUGUACAGCUACCUCGUGCGGCGGUCCGACGACGAGGUCGAGCAGCUCCUCAAGUUCUUCACCUUCCUGCCCAUCCCCGAGAUCACCCAGAUCAUGGAGCAGCACGUGCUCGACCCGCCCAAGCGCGCCGCCCAGCACAAGCUCGCCUUUGAGGUCCUCACGCUCGUGCACGGCGCCGAGGUGGCCAUCCGCGAGCAGCAGCAGCACCUCUUCAUGUACAGCAAGGGCGGGGACGGCAGCACCACGAGCACCGGCGCCGCGGCCGCGCACCCCAACGCGCCCGUGACGCUCAACAACGCGCCGCGCAUGGACAUGCAGCUGCCGCGGUCCCUCGUGACGACGCAGAGCCCGGCCAAGAUCCUCUUCGCCGCGGGCCUCGCCGACUCGGCCAGCGACGCGCACCGCCUCUGCCGCCAGCAGGGCGCCUACGUCGCCGCCGCGCCGGGCAAGGACAUGCGCUCGCUGACGCCCGGCAACCUCGACUGGACACCCGUCAAGCUGUGGCGGCCCGAGGAGGUGUCGCGGUUCCUCGUCGACGACCGCGUCCUCAUCCUGCGCAAGGGCAAGCACAACGUCCGCAUCAUCGAGGUCGUCUCGGACGACGACUGGAAGGCCUCGGGCCAGACGUACCCCGGCGAGCCCGGCACCGGCAAGACGCGCAUGGCCAUUGCCGCGCUGCGCGAGCUCGCCGAGGCCGAGGGCAAGAAGCUCUCGCAGAAGGAGCUCUUUGCCCUGGCGCAGGAGAAGCUCGCCGCCGAGGAGGAGGAGACGGUCGUCGCCAACAACCCGGACAUUCGGUUCCCCAGCAAGCUCGAGAGGCAAAAGGUGCAUGGUGAUCUGAAGGCCAAGGACGGCGGACGGCGCGUGUGA